AUGGCACCGAAGAGAAAGCCUCCGGUGAAUGCAGCGAAACCGCCGACGAAGGCGCCGCCGAAGACGCGCACCGUAGCGUCGAAGGAGAAGCUGGCGACCAUGUCGCGGGAGGAGUGGGAGACGGAGAUGGACCGCCGUGCCUUCAUCACAGCCGACCGCAGGAGGCACCGCAUCGCCGCCCUCGACGCAAAGAAAGCGGCGGCCUCUGCGGAAGCGUGCCUGAGCCUGGGCGGCGGCCUGAACAACAUCUCGAGCUCCCCGUCGUCGCCGGGUUACUACGGGGGCGGCGCCUUCCGCUUCCCCGACCUGAAUGAUUCGCCUGACCUGCGCCGCACCGAGGUCAAGGGCCACGUGACGGACGGCACUGGCCUUCCCCGCCACCUCUUCCCCGACGACGGCAGGCACACCCACCAGGUGUUCGGCGAGGAGGAGAUCCUGAACGACGUCAUACGCGGCCAUGCCUACGAACCCCCGGUCGACGACUACGAAGAAAAGGCCUACGAGGACGAAGGAGGUGCUCGGUGUAACGCCGGCGACGUGAUUCCGGCAAGGUUCCUCUCGUCGCUGCAGUGGGCGUGCGGGGGUUUUGGGACUGAUUUGGUGGAGGAGGACAGGAGGAUUCUUCUGAUUAGCCUGCAGGUUCCUGUUCGCUUGCGGUUGCACGCAAAUGACAGCUGCUGGUCAUUGAUUAUUAAUGGGAAGAUAAUUGCUGCGAUGAUUAGACACACAGCUAGAGAAAUCGAGGAAUGGGUCGCGGCAGUGUGGAAGAAGUGCCCAAAUUGCAAAUAUCGCAUCUAUAAUGGCGAUGUUUCAUCACAGUGGCCAGGACUCCCUGCUGGUGUUAAAUUUGAACCAACUGAUCAGCAACUGCUUGUGCAUCUGGAAGGAAAGGUUGGCAGGGCAGUGUCCCAUGUACUAAUAGAUGACUUUAUUCCAACCAUAGAGGAAGUGGAUGGAAUUUGUUAUACACAUCCCAAAAAUCUUCCUGGUAUAGAGAUGGAUGGGAGAAGCAGUUAUUUUUUCCAUACAAUAUCAAACGCGUAUGAUGUUGGUCAGCGCAAGCGUCGGAAAAUCAGCAACAGUAAUCACACGGAUUGUGAUGAGCAGAUCAGAUGGCACAUGACCGGAACACCUUCAGCCAUCAAACUUAACGGUGUCACAAAAGGAUGGAAGAAAAUAUUGGUUCUGAAAUGUGGCAAGGGAAAGAUACAUAAAGCUAACUGGACGAUCCAUCAGUGUCAUCUUGGGGUAGAGAAAGAUGAAAAGCACGGGGAUCUUGUCGUUUCCAGAGUAUUUUGGCAGUUGAAGUCAAACACUGGGAAAUCGCAGAUGCAUGCUGUUGAUGCCAAAUCCGGUCAAUCUGCAAUGAAUAUCGAUCCUACAACCCCAAAUAUGUACCCUCCACAGCCUCGUCGCCUAAGUGGUAGCCCAUUCGAACCAGAGCAGGAUCAGGAUGAGGAAGAGCCCGGCUCAUGUGCUGUUCAGCUGCAGGCUGACGAAGACCUCGCUGGAAGCUCAGAGUCUGUCGACUACGGUGUGCUGUCGGACCUCGACGAGCACCCGCUGCCCAACGACGAUAUCUCGGACGUCUGCCAUGAGAAGCCGCUGCCUCCCGACUACUUCGACAUGGACGCGCCCUUCUCGGAUUGUACAUUCCUUCUAACGCCUUUGGAAUUCCCACUCUGA